GUGGAAUAUUUUGGUGGAAAAUCUGCCUAACACAGCAUAUACCGAUCGUAGUCUCUAUUUUGAAUGCAUAUUAUCAUUAAUGACAAGAAGCGAAUAUGAAGAAUUUGAUCGUAUCGGUUCAAUAAAUCACAUAGAGAAUAAUGAUACCGAAAUUCCAAUAGAAAUG